GGCUCGUCAUUGGAUCAUAGCACUUACCAAUCCCAACGCGACAACUUAUAAUUUCCAAUCUUUCAAUCAGCUCCAACUGUAAUUGCACACACGCUCCAUUUAUCAAACUAACCGUCAUUCACCAUUCUAACAUGAAUCCUCGCUGAGGACCAUACACUAAUCAUGGCAAUUCGGGAGGACAUUGUAGCCUCUGCGAUCUCUUUCUUGCAAGAUCCAAAUGUAGCGUCAUCGCCCACAGAGAACAAAUUAUCGUUUCUGCGAUCAAAAAACUUGACACAGGAGGAAAUCGAUGUAGCCUUUGCACGAAGUGGCUCACCAUCAGACUCUUAUUCUACCUCGUCGCCGCCGCCGCCACGAUACACCCCGGCUCCGGCUCAACGCCAACCAUAUGGCCAAUAUCAAACUCAACCUUACGGAUGGGAAGCACCUCCACCAGAGCCCCCUAAGAGGGAUUGGCGAGAUUGGUUCAUAAUGGCUACCGUAGUAGGCGGCGUUGGUUACGGCCUGUAUUUCAUGAGCAAGCGUUAUAUAUACCCCCUCGUCUCACCGCCAACGCCGGAAAAGCUAGAGCAGGAUAAGACAAACGUGGAUGAGCAGUUCGAGAAAGCUUUCGCAACACUAGAGCAAUUAGCAAAAGACACGGACGAGCUGAAGGCUUCGGAGAAAGAUCGAACCGAAAAACUUGACAAGGUACUCGAUGAACUAGACACGUUCAUGCGGGAUACAAAGUCAGCUGCUAGAAGGCAUGAAGACGAGACGGAGAGAUUACGCGAAGAGAUGAAGGGCCUCAAGAGCAUCAUUCCGAAAUCGAUGGCGGCCAACAAGGAUUUCACGGAUAAUAAAUUGAAGGAUAUCACCAACGAGGUCAAGAGUCUAAAGUCGCUCAUCGGCCAGAGAAUGAAUAACUCGGGUUCUACCUCUACACCGGCUCUUAGCAUCAACAGACCGACACCACCCGUACCGGCUAUUAGCACUAAUGGUUUCCUCCUACCCACCGGUGGCAAUAUGGCUCCUCCGAGCGGCCCCUCGACCCCGGGCAUCGACUUCAUGGCUAAGGAAAUUGGAGACGCGAAGCAAGCAUUACGCGAAGAGAAGGAAAACUCAUCUCCCCCUAGUGGCGCUAGCACGAGCAGCAGUCGACAUGACUACUUAUCAGCGCUCGGCGACCGUAACAGCCCCUUCGGUACCGGAUCUCCCGCUACACCCAAGGCGUCGAUCCCGGCGUGGCAGAUGGCGGCGAGCGGAAAGGGUGACGGGCAAGGGGAGGCUGGCAGCAGUUCUUAGCUUUUAAGCACAUGAGUUAUUAAUAAGUAUGCAUUAGUUGAAUCAAUCGGCGUUCUUUUGACAGGGAGUUAUCUUUUUGCAAAAAGGAAAGGUGGCCUUGGGCAUGCUAUAUUCGAAGGCUAACUCCAUUCGACGUGACGAGGAGGGGGUUGAUGGGUGAGAGGAAGAGGAGGGAAACGUAUGUACGUUUAGGAUGGGUAUCAAGGUAUAAAGGUAUUAACAAGCCUAAUAACAUAACUCAAUACAGAGGCUUAAUUCCCUUCGUUUGGUUUUUAUACCCCUGUGAUCGGUGCAGGUAAACACAUGUUGACUUGCUAUAUGGGA